GGUGGAGGCUGAGGCGCGGGGUCGGGGCCGGCGGACUGGGGACCCGGGCGAGUAGCGGCCGCGGAGGCUCGAGGGAUAAGCUUGUCAAGGAGAUUGAAACCAGACAUUAAUUAGGAAAUAGCUCCCAAAGGAAGACUUCCAUUUGGUAAUUUAAUCAGUGCAAGCAAAAUUAAGGAACAAUGGAUGUAGAAAACGAGCAGAUACUAAAUGUAAACUCCACAGAUCCUGAUAAUUUAAGUGACUCUCUCUUUUCUGGCGAUGAAGAAAAUACUGGGACUGAGGAAAUAAAGAAUGAGAUAAAUGGAAAUUGGAUUUCGGCAUCCUCCAUUAAUGAAGCUAGAAUUAAUGCCAAGGCUAAAAGACGACUACGGAAAAACUCAUCCCGGGACUCUGGCAGAGGCGAUUCGGUCAGUGAUAACGGAAGUGAAGCCCUUAGAAGUGGAGUAACUGUACCAACCAGUCCAAAGGGAAGGUUGCUAGACAGGCGAUCCAGAUCUGGGAAAGGAAGGGGACUACCAAAGAAAGGUGGUGCAGGAGGCAAAGGUGUCUGGGGUACACCUGGACAGGUAUAUGAUGUGGAGGAAGUAGAUGUGAAGGAUCCUAACUAUGAUGAUGACCAGGAGAACUGUGUUUAUGAAACUGUGGUUUUGCCUUUGGAUGAAACGGCAUUUGAGAAAACUUUAACACCAAUCAUACAGGAAUAUUUUGAGCAUGGAGAUACUAAUGAAGUUGCGGAAAUGCUAAGAGAUUUAAAUCUUGGUGAAAUGAAAAGUGGAGUACCAGUGUUGGCAGUGUCCUUGGCAUUGGAGGGAAAGGCUAGUCACAGAGAAAUGACAUCUAAGCUCCUUUCUGACCUUUGUGGGACGGUAAUGAGCACAAACGAUGUAGAAAAGUCAUUUGAUAAAUUGUUGAAAGAUCUACCUGAAUUAGCACUGGAUACUCCUAGAGCACCACAGUUGGUGGGCCAGUUUAUUGCUAGAGCUGUUGGAGAUGGAAUUUUAUGUAAUACCUAUAUUGAUAGUUACAAAGGAACUGUAGAUUGUGUACAGGCUAGAGCUGCCCUGGAUAAGGCUACUGUGCUCCUGAGUAUGUCUAAAGGUGGAAAGCGCAAAGACAGUGUGUGGGGCUCUGGAGGUGGGCAGCAAUCUGUUAACCACCUUGUUAAAGAGAUUGAUAUGCUGCUGAAAGAAUAUUUACUCUCUGGAGACAUAUCUGAGGCUGAACAUUGCCUUAAGGAACUGGAAGUACCUCAUUUUCACCAUGAGCUUGUAUAUGAAGCCAUUGUAAUGGUUUUAGAGUCAACUGGAGAAAGUACAUUUAAGAUGAUUUUGGAUUUAUUAAAAUCCCUUUGGAAAUCUUCUACCAUUACUCUAGACCAAAUGAAAAGAGGUUAUGAGAGAAUUUACAAUGAAAUUCCGGAUAUUAAUCUGGAUGUCCCACAUUCAUACUCUGUGCUUGAACGAUUUGUAGAAGAAUGUUUUCAGGCUGGAAUAAUUUCCAAACAACUCAGAGAUCUUUGUCCUUCAAGGGGCAGAAAACGUUUUGUAAGUGAAGGAGAUGGAGGUCGUCUUAAACCAGAGAGCUACUGAAUAAAAGAACUCUUGCAGUUUUAGAUGUUAUAAAAAAUAUAUAUCUGAAUUGUAAGAGUUGUUAGCACAGGUUUUUUUUUUUUUUUUUUUUUUAAGCACUUGUUUUGGGUACAAGGCAUUUCUGAAAUUUUAUAAACUUACGUUUAAGGGGAAUUUUUAAAGGAAGUGUUUUUUCUUUUUUUUGAGGGUAUAAAGGAGGGACAGAAAAGUAACCACUUCUUGAGUGGAAUAUUCUCAUAAGCUACCUUUUGUAAGUGCCAUGUUUAUGACCUAAUCAUUCCAAGUUUUGCAUUGAUGUCUGACUGCCACUCCUUUCUUUCAAGGACAGUGUUUUUGUAGUAAAAUCACUGGUUUAUACAAAGCUUUAUUUAGGGGGUAAAGUUAAGCUGCUAAAACCCCAUGUUGGCUGCUGCUGUUGAAAUACUGUGCUUUGGGAGUAAAAAAAAAAAAAGUUAUUUGUCUUAAAGAAUUUUAAGAAAACGAGUUAGUCACAAGACUUAUUCAUCUUUCCAGGGAGCAUACUGAUUGGUCUUAAAGACUAGACAGUUAAGUAAAUGGUGGCCGGAACAUCUAUUUUUCUACAAAACUGGAAAAAUGAACCCAGUUCUAGAAGAAUGUAUGACAAAAUAAAACAUGUGAAGCAGUGUUGAUUCUUUA